GGCCUCCCCGCUCCGGAUAUGAUGAAAAGGAGCUACAGACGGAGAAGUGUUUCAGGAGAGUAGGGUGGAAGGGGAACGAGCGGCAGAGGGGGAAAGGUCCCGCCUGGCAGAGAAGCGGCCGGGCUGAGCCGGCUGGAAGAGGGGGCGGAGAGCUCGGAGCCAGGCAGGAGCAGCCACUGCCGCAGCUGCCGCCACUGAGGUGUCUGGCUGAGCCAGAGAGAGGCGGGGAGGGACACGCAGGGGCGGCCUCCACCAUCAGGCCACCGGGGCGCGAUGCAGCCUCUGCCGGAGCCGCACUAACUUUCCGGGGCGGAAGAGGAGGAGGCAGGGGCUUUGAGCGAGCUGGGGGGGAUGCCGAGAAGCAGUCAGUUCCCAGCACCCAAUACCUAACAGCCCUCCGGCGGCAGCCCCGCGGGGCGGCCAGCUAGGCGGCAGGCGGUGGAGCGGCCCAUGUCCGGCGCGGGAGAAGCGCUGGCCCCCGGGCCACAGCGCGGGGCCGAGGCGGGGGACGGGCGCCCGGGCGCCCCGGCCCAGGAAAAAUGUGAUAAGGAAAAUACUGAGAGAGACAUAACUCAAGCCACCAAUAGCUGCUUCACACAUGGAGAGAUGCAAGACCAGUCUGUUUGGGGAAAUUGUUCCAAUGACGAACUCAUCAGAACUCAACCUCAGCGCCUGCCUCAGCGUCAAACUUCAGCACAGGAACCGAGUGAGGAGGAAAUAGGCAAGAUGAAGGAGUGCCACCAAAGUCUGCGCAAUGGCAAUGGGAUUCCUCACGGGGCCAGACGCGCGCCUGCAGACACUCGGAGACUUUCAGCACCUGUUACUCAAAAAAUGCACAGAAAAAUUCAGUCUAGCUUGUCUGUGAACAGCGAUAUCAAUAAGAAGAGUAGGGUAAAUGCUGUCUUUUCCCAAAAGCCAGGCUCUUCACCUGAAGAAAUGCCACAGCCGAGUCAUGUAACACCGGACGCCUUCUCACCUGUGAGAGCGCUGCCCCUGCACGCUGGUUACCUUUACAACCUUUCUGUGCUUUAGCCACGAACUAGUACCACAGAUAAAGCCAACGAACCCGGUUAGACUUAUGGACCUUGGAGUGCUGAUUAGCGCUCCAGGAAGCCUGUGGACCUAUGGAGGGAAUUCAGCCCAGCCCUCUGAGUUUACGGGUUCUCGAUCCUUACUUUUUUCUAAAGUAGUCUUUUGGCUUCUUACCUCUGUGACCUUUCUCUCCUUUUGAGCCUCCCCGCCCUCCCCCCUUUGCAGUGUGUUUCCCCCUUGUAUUCCUAGUGUAGCAGUUUUAUUCAGCAUACCAUGGAGACACGGCAUCACCCUCAGUAGAAGUACAGCCAUGACUCUGGGUGACAGUCUGGGUGGUAUGUACCCCAGGUGAGCAGGACAGUUUGAAAAGCUCACUAGGUGGUCACAUGGUUCCAUAGGAAUCCCUGGUAAAAAUGGUAAAAGUAUCUUUCUUUGACCCCAUGGCCUCCCCUUCUCUCCUGGUCUGCACACCCUGACCUGGUCCCUUGACAUUGUACCUUCACUGCGGUGCUGGGGGGCCCUGCACACGCAGUUAAGUAGCACAGCUCACUAUCUUUGCUUGUCAGCCUAGAAUGUUUUCACAGCUUUCUUUGCCUUCUUGACCUGUGCACAUAUUUUUCAAAAUUUA